CCGUGGAAGUAGCAAAAGUGUCAUUACCUCUUGCGUUCUGGUUCGCGUUCGCAUUCUCCACCGUUGCUUGCACACAGCAGUAGUAAGUAGCAUCGGUGCAGAUGUACGAAAAAGCGGCAAACCAUUUCAACAAAACCAUGAGCAUCGAGAAUCCCCACAUUCGCAAGGGCAAUGGGUAUGGGCGUGGAAAUUGGAAAAGUUUCGGUCGACAGUACGUUCGCCCGUGCGUUGGUUCGUUCCAUCAUGCCGUAGCACCGGGUAAACUGGAGAAGCACUGUACCAAUAUUACGCGUGAUUUUUUUUUUGUUAUGUUUGAUGAAAAUUGCAUCAUCCCUUUUAUUGUUUUACUUUUUCCUCCCGAUCACGUUCAACAUAUUCCGGGCAAAAGUUCUGCUGCUCGGUCAGUGCAUCACGUUACUGCCGGUGGUGAACAUAUUCAGUGCAAAUUACCGCACGGCUCGCUUCAAGCUGCGAAGCUUCCGCUGCAUCUACUCGCUGGUGUAUCUAGCACUGACCGGCAUUUACUGCACCUUCUUCAUCCGGUGGUACAUUAGGAAGGGACUGAACCUUGCCUACUUCGCUAACUGCAUCUAUAUGGUGGUGGUGUACCUGUCGGCCUGGCUGUUCUUCUUCAUUGCCCUCCGCUGGCAGUCGAUACUGGGUGCGUUCAGUCGCUGUGAGCGUUCGUUUUUGAGCGACCACUAUCGCCGCCAAUCGAAGGGCCGCUUUGCGCUCGGCUGGAAGAUACGGUUCACCGGCUUUGCCAUCUUUGCUCUGGCGCUAGUCGAGGACUGGCUGAAUUACUACUCCGCGUACCAGAGCAACAUCGUACAGAUAGCUACGUGCAAUCGGACCAACGUGACGGUAUGGCAGAACUUUUACCUACGCGAGCACCCGCACGUUUUCCAUUGGCUACCGUUCAAUGGGUUUACGAUUGCAAUAACGGAGUGGAUCAACCGUUGCAUGCGCUACACUUGGACGUACCUGGACAUCUUCAUCAUCUCGUUCUGCUACGGUGCCCAGUUCCGGUACGAGCAGAUCUUUCGACGCUUGGUCGCCGUGCAGGGUAUCGCUUGUCCGACCAACUUUUGGCACGAUGUGCGCAUGGACUACGUGGCCGUGUCGGAGCUGGUGCAAGUUUUGGACGCCCAGUUCGGACACCUGAUCCUGCUCGCCUGUGCGAACGAUAUGUACUUCAUCGCGACGCAGCUCUUCAAUGGGUUUCAACGCCGUAGAGUCAUUGCAAACUACGUGUACUUCUGGUACUCGCUAUUGCUCCUCAUGUUCCGAACGAUCGUGAUGCUUUAUGUUGGAUCGGGAGUGUACGCCGCCUCUACCAGCCCUCUUCAGCUGCUGCGAAACGUACCUUCCCAGCAUUGGGGCAUUGAUCUGCAACGGUUAACAGACGAAGUCGCUUCGGGUGAAAAUGUCCUUUCUGGAAAACAAUUUUUCUUUCUAAAGCGUCAGCUAAUUCUAGCGAUGGCCGGGACAUUGGUGACGUACGAGUUGGUACUGCUGGAUCAGGUGAAAAAAAUACCCGACACCUCGACCGACUGCUCCUACUUUUGAGUCGGUUGGAUUUGAUUUCCCCCUUCCGUAAUCGCGUGACACUCAACGCACACACAGCACCGUAAACAGCACCUGCAAGCAUUCGCACGCUUUGACGCUCUCCCGCUCCCGGGAGUUUAAUUAAUCGCUUUCUCCUCGAGCCAUGCUUGAAUGUUUGAUUGUUGGCGAGCCAGCUCAUUUGACCGCAACCUUCACUAGCACCAGGAUCCUUCGAAAUCGUGUAGCGCCGGACAGCCAAAGGCACAAGCCACACUCGUUUCGUAGCAAAGAGCCGAAGCAGACGAUACCACACCGCACACCGCGCGGUAAUGAUACAUGGUGGUAAUUAACGCGCCGAU